CACGAGCAACGACGACCUUUCACAUCUGCAUCAUCCUUCACGGCCGCAGCGGCCUCGGCGAUCUGCGAAACUGCAUUCCAGCGUUCUCCAUCAGCAUAUGACAACAUCCGCGUGCAAAUGCAAAUCCACGGCCCGGACAUCAGCUCAAUCAAAGAUGUUGUGAACGACUCCAAACACGCAUGAACACCCCCGCCCACAUGCCUUGACGGUGCAUACAACCCUCACAAUGUCUCCCACCGUCCAGCUCCGCUCCCAAAUCUUUUACCACCUCGACUUCGACCUUCUCGAAACCGCCAACUUCCUUGCUGGCCGCUUACACGCCCUCGAACCUCGAAACCCCGACUCCUCCCACCUUCUCGCCCUUACAUAUCUCCGGCUGCGUCGCUUCAAAGCCGCCUACGACUACAGUCACAGAUACGGUGCAAACGGGCGUCACCUCGGUUGUGCAUAUGUCUUCGCCCAAGCAUGCCUGCAAUUAGGCGGAGGCAGAGUUGUGGAAGGCGCCAAUGCCCUGGAGAAAUCUCGCCCACAAUGGACUGGCAAGAACCACUUCAACAAAUGCUCCGACACUCACCGUAGAUGCUUGCCCGACGCAGCGGCAUGUUGGACAGUACUCGGUCAAUUAUGGAGAGCUCAUGGAGAUGCGAAGAAGGCGGGCGACUGCUUCGUGGAGGCCCAUCGAUGCAAUGCGUUCGUUUGGGAGGCGUUCCAGGGUCUUUGUAAGGUUGGUGCAGACCUGAAAGUGCACAAAAUGUUUCAACCCAGCUCGGACAUGGUCUCGGCAUCAGCAAUGGACAAAGAGGAGGAGUUGAAGGCGGAGACACAGGAAAUUGCACGACCGCUUUCGACACAACUCAACUUUAACCAGCAAGUCUUCACACCCUCCGCCGAUCCUCUCAGCACCACCCCCAAGAUCUUCGGAGACUUGGCCCCGGAUGUAAAGCACCGGAAUGCUCCCGUCAAAAGCACCAGGCCCUUUCCGACGACAUGGGACACGCCUGUUGGUGAAAGCACCGUCUUGGAUGAGGAUAUUGCAAUGAGUGGGGUUGUUCUGGAUGAUGCUGAAAUAACUGCCCCUCCAGCCCCUGCACGACGGCCGCGAACAGGACAACAGUUUGAUCAGACCAUACGGCCGCCGACGCGAGUACGUGGACAGUCUUCAGAAAGGACGUCAGAGAGCAGCCAGGCGCACAUUCAGCCUCCAAGGCCUGGCAUCGGUGGUCACAAGCGAACAGUCUCGGGCCAGCAACCUGCUGUGGAUCCUGCAGCAGCCUCAUCACAGCCGAGAAGAAGCAAUCGACUCUUUGGACAGCAUUCCAGCACGAGAUCGGGCUCUUCCACCAGCAGAUCUACCGCUUUCGACUCAACGGCUGCCUCACUAGCCGGACGCGUAAACUCUACCGCCCCUGAAAGACCAGCGAAGCCGGCAACAGGUGCCAAGGGCCGGAUCGGGAGUACGGUGGGCAGGGUGGUGAGCGGCAAUCGCAAGAUGCUCCCGCCCGAUCGAAACGAAAAGGACACCAAACGAGCGCCGAGUCGCAACAGUGACAAGAGCGUUCCCACAAUCACGGCAUCCACCAACCAGCUCGCUGACCAACAAAUUCAAAAGCUCCCUCCAUCACAACCCAAACAACCAAGCGAACCCUCUCCAGCCUCGUACGAAUCACUCAUUGCCAUCCUCGAUCCCCUCCGUGACCUUGCGCUGGGAGUCUACAGCACCACCCGCUUCGACACUUCUCUCGCUAUCCGUACUCUCCGCGCACUUCCAUCCGCGCAGAGAGACACUCCAGCUGUCCUUGCACAACUGGGCAAGGCACAUUAUGAAGGCGCCGACUACAAGUCCGCCGAGGAGUGCUUUGCCCGGGUCCUCAAGUUGCAGCCGUCGCGGGUGGAAGACAUGGACGUCUACAGCACUGUUCUUUGGCACCUGAAACGCGAGACCGCCCUGACUUUCCUCUGCCAUCAUCUUUCUGAAACCGAUCACGCCGCUCCAGAGCGGUGGGUGGCUGUCGGCAAUGCUUUCAGUCUGAGCAGAGAGCACGAUCAAGCCAUCGCGGCAUUCAAGAGAGCCACGCAGGUUGAUGACACCUUUGCCUAUGCCUGGACCUUGAUGGGUCACGAAUACAUCGCCAACGAGGAGUUUGAUGCCGCGCUGUCGAGCUUUCGAAAGGCCGUCUCAAUCGACCGGAGGGGAUAUGGCGGCUGGUAUGGCCUGGGCAAGUCGUACGAAAGAAUGGGCAAGCUUGAAGAAAGCGAGCGACACUAUCGAAUCGCGGCCUCGAUCAAUCCGUCCAAUUCUACCCUUCUGGUAUGCAUCGGUGUGGUGUUGGAGAAGCUGAGGAAUAAGAAGGCAGCACUGGCGAACUACACACGAGCACUGGAUCUGGCGCCGCAGAGUGCACUGGCACGAUUCAAGAAAGCACGGGUGUUGAUGCAUCUGCGACACUGGCAGGAAGCAUUGGUGGAGCUGGAGAUACUGCGAGAUCAGGCCCCGGACGAAGCAAACGUGUGGUUCUUGUUGGGCAAGUGCUACAAGGGGCUUGGAGAGAGGGGAGAGGCGCUGCGGGCAUUGACCACGGCGCUGAAUCUUGAUGUCAAGGCUGCGCCCUUCAUCAAGGAAGCGAUGGAGGCGUUGGACGAGGACGAGGAGAUGGAGAGCGACGAGGACUGAGGAUUGUCCGCUCGUUCGGGGACCAGUCUUCAUUGCGGUCUGGUAUGCUGCAUUAUCGGCGUUGGGGCAUGACUGCAUUGCAAGGCAUGGCGUACUAUACCUAGACACGGGCACUACGAAUUGUGACGAUUGUGUGUGUGCUUCGAAUGACUUUCAUCCCCGUG